AUGAUUAUGGAUAGAGAUAAUUCUGCGGCAGCUGGAGUCAGUGUGGCGUUUGGUGCACCUAUAGGUGGAGUAUUGUUUAGUUUAGAGGAAGUUAGUUACUAUUUUCCAUUGAAGACCCUGUGGAGAUCAUUUUUCUGUGCAUUAGCAGCUGCAUUUGUACUGAGAUCUAUUAAUCCAUUUGGCAAUGAUCAUCUUGUGAUGUUUUAUGUAGAAUAUAAUGAACCCUGGUACUUACAGGAACUAAUACCAUUUAUAUUCCUAGGGGCAUUAGGGGGUUUAUAUGGAAGUUUUUUUAAUAAAAUGAAUAUUGCCUGGUGUAGAUAUAGGAAGAAUUCAAAGUUAGGACAAUACCCAAUAGUUGAGGUUUUAGGAGUUACCUUAGUAACAGCCAUACUCAGUUAUCCAAACAAAUAUACAAGGAUGAAUACAAGUGAAUUGAUCAGACAGUUGUUUAGUAGAUGUGGAGCUGAAGAUAAAACAAUGUUAUGUGAUUACAAUAGAAACUCCACCUCUUUGAGUUCUUACACAUCCAGUACAGUAGCAGGGGAUGAAGUUUACACAGCCCUGUGGAUGCUGUUUCUUGGAUUACUAUUUAAAGGUCUAAUUACUAUUUUUACCUUUGGUAUAAAGGUGCCAUCAGGUUUAUUUAUUCCCAGUAUGGCAGUAGGAGCUAUUGUAGGAAGAAUUGUUGGUAUAGGCAUGGAACAGUUAGUAGUGAGGAACCAUGACAACCCAUUUUUCCAGAAUAUGUGCCAAUCAAAACAGUUCUGUACCAUAACACCAGGACUGUAUGCCAUGGUUGGGGCUGCUGCAGCUUUAGGGGGAGUUACAAGAAUGACUGUAUCUUUAGUGGUAAUUAUGUUUGAGUUAACUGGUGGAUUACAGUAUAUUGUGCCACUAAUGUUAGCUGUGAUGACAAGUAAAUGGGUUGGAGAUGCUUUAGGAAAAGAUGGAAUAUAUGAUGCACAUAUAGCAUUAAAUGGUUAUCCAUAUUUAGACAGUAAAAAAGAAUUUACCCAUACUACUAUAGCAGCUGAUGUGAUGAGGCCAAGAUACUGGAGAUAUGGUGCUGCUCAGAGAAAUGAUCCUCCACUUUGUGUUAUUACACAAGAUUCUAUGACUGUAGAGGAAGUGGAAGCCAUAUUUAGAGAUACAAGUCAUAAUGGGUUCCCUGUAGUAUUAUCCAGUGAAUCUCAAUAUCUUGUUGGUUUUGUUUUACGAAGAGAUUUAAUGUUAGCCAUUGCUAAUGCAAGAAAAAAUCAAGAAGGAGUAGUUAGUAAUUCUAUAGUCUAUUUUUCAAGUCAAGUACCAAAUAAUCCUAAUGAUCCUGCUCCACUUAAACUGAGGAAAAUAUUAGAUAUGGCACCUAUUACAAUAACUGACCAGACUCCAAUGGAAACAGUUGUAGAAAUGUUCAGAAAACUUGGAUUAAGACAGACAUUAGUUACACAUAAUGGCAACAGACAACUCUAUAAUAAAGGAAAGUUUUACUUCAAACAAGAGAAAAAGAGAUUAUCUGUUGGAAGACUCCUGGGUAUUAUAACAAAGAAAGAUGUUUUACGGCAUGUUGCACAACUUGGAAACCAGGAUCCUGAAUCUAUAUUGUUUAAUUAACUUCCUGGUUGUUGUCAUUGCAACAUUCCUCUGUGUUUAAUGUGUGGAUAAUAUUCUAGCUGAGAGGACAACAAAUGAUUAUGAAGAUGCAUUGCUAUAUGUAAACGCUAAAAGGAUAAUUUAUUGUUGUAAGGAUAGUGAUGUGAGAUAUAUGAUUACAAGGGUGAUAGUUGUAAGGAUAGUGAUGUGAGAUAUAUGAAUAGGCGGGUAAUUGAAAGGAUAGAUACAUUCCUGGCUGUUUAGAUUCAUUCCACAUUGUCCUCUACCACGUGACUGUGUGCUGUGCUAAUAUUCUGUACAAUUGUUUUAUAUGCUUCUAUG